AGUAGGCGCGUGACGAAGGAGCGAACGGUUUGGCCGACGCUGCGGCGCAUUCGAUGUAAACAAGGCCCAGCGUCGCCACCGCCGCCGCCGCUCGAGCAAGUCGACUUGCUCCAGGCUGGUGGGUGGUCUCGCGCUCGGGCGGCCCCCCGAAGGCCUCCGGGAGAGGUUCUUCCCGGCUUCCCUUCCUCUCGGCCUCCUUCGGCGUACACACACCCCCGGCACACCACGUGGGCGUAAGGAGAGGAAGGAGGGGGUGUUAGGCAGAACUCGAGCCUCAUUGGUCGUUGCCGCUGCCGGCCUUCGCCAACGGAGCAUUCUGAUUGGUCGGCGGGGGGCGUCGGGGGUCUCCUCCGAGUCCCGGGCUUUCUGAUUGGUCGGGGAGAGCUAACGAAGUGCUUUCUUCCGCGAGGGCUUCUGAUUGGUCGUCCCGAGAAGGUUACCUGGGAAAUCCACCCCAGCGCCCUGAGACUUUGAUAGAUCCGAAGCGGUGACAAAGCCCAGUCCCUGCACAGGACCUCAGGAUGCUGUGAGCGGAAGAUGGGAUCGAGGAACAGCAGCAGCGCAGGAUCUGGGUCUGGAGACUCCUCCGACGGCUUGUCCCAUAGAGGGGCCGGCCUGCAUCGGAGUGAGGAAGAGGAGGAGGAGGACGAAGAUGUGAAUCUGGCCCAGGUACUGGCCUAUCUCCUCCGCAGAGGCCAAGUGAGAUUGGUGCAGGGAGGAGGUGCAGCAAAUUUACAACUCAUCCAAGCCCCCUCGGAGUCAGAGGAAGAGCAUGACAGUGCUUGGGAUGGCCGUCUCGGGGACCAGUACAACCCGCCAGUGGAUGCAACCCCUGAUAUCCGGGAGCUGGAACGCAACGAGAUCAAGACGCAAGUGGAACUGGCCACAGGCCAGCAGGGGCUUAGGCGGGCAUCCCGGGAGCAUAGCUUUCCUCAGAUGCUGCACCGGAGAGAACGGGGCCUCUGCCAUCAGGGAAGCUUCUCCCUCGGAGAACAGUCUCGAGUGAUGUCUCACUUCUUGCCCAAUGACCUAGGUUUCACAGAUACGUACUCUCAAAAGGCCUUCUGUGGCAUCUACAGCAAAGAUGGUCAGAUCUUCAUGUCUGCUUGCCAAGACCAGACAAUUCGAUUGUAUGACUGCCGGUAUGGACGCUUUCAUAAAUUCAAAAGCAUAAAGGCCCGAGAUGUAGGCUGGAGCAUCCUGGAUGUGGCCUUCACUCCAGAUGGAAACCAUUUUCUAUACUCCAGCUGGUCUGAUUACAUUCAUAUCUGCAACAUCUACGGGGAGGGAGACACACACACUGCCCUGGAUCUAAGGCCAGAUGAGCGUCGCUUUGCUGUCUUCUCCAUUGCUGUCUCCUCAGAUGGACGGGAAGUGCUAGGAGGGGCCAAUGAUGGUUGCUUGUACGUCUUUGAUCGUGAACAGAAUCGACGGACCCUUCAGAUUGAAUCCCACGAGGAUGAUGUUAAUGCAGUUGCCUUUGCUGAUAUAAGCUCCCAGAUCCUUUUCUCUGGGGGUGAUGAUGCCAUCUGCAAGGUGUGGGAUCGACGCACUAUGCGGGAGGAUGACCCCAAGCCUGUGGGAGCACUGGCUGGACAUCAAGAUGGCAUCACCUUCAUUGACAGCAAGGGUGAUGCCCGGUAUCUCAUCUCUAAUUCCAAAGACCAGACCAUCAAACUCUGGGAUAUCCGACACUUUUCCAGCAGGGAAGGCAUGGAAGCCUCACGCCAGGCUGCCACACAGCAAAACUGGGACUACCGCUGGCAGCAGGUGCCCAAAAAAGCCUGGCGGAAAUUGAAGCUCCCAGGGGACAGCUCCUUGAUGACCUACCGGGGCCAUGGGGUGCUGCACACACUUAUCCGCUGCCGAUUCUCCCCUGCCCACAGCACUGGCCAACAAUUCAUCUAUAGUGGCUGCUCCACUGGCAAGGUGGUUGUGUACAACUUGCUCAGCGGCCACAUUGUGAAGAAGCUGACCAACCACAAGGCCUGUGUACGUGAUGUCAGCUGGCAUCCCUUUGAGGAGAAGAUUGUCAGCAGCUCGUGGGACGGGAACCUGCGACUGUGGCAAUACCGCCAGGCUGAGUACUUCCGGGAUGACAUGCCAGAAUCUGAGGAACACCCUAGCACCCCUCCUUCAGUCUCACAUCCCUGCCCAGCCUUUUCCUCACCCCAAUAGAUGUGACCUCCAGCCCCAUACCUGGGGGAGCUUUUUGAUAAGUGCUCUGCUUCUUCCCUUUCUCCCUACUGGGAGACGUCUGAGGAGUCACAGGCACUGACUGGAUGAGAAGAAACCCAAGUUCUGGGGAACAGCCUGAGCCCUGGAAGAUCGUCUUUGUGGGACUCAUAUUCUCACAUGAAGUAGACUUAAGUCUGUAUCUCUGGCCAGGGUCUGGCAGGAUUGCUAUUAUCUGGGGUGUGGCCUGCACCAGCUGAACCGCUGUCCUGAGUGUUUUAAUCAUGUUUGGUUGUGAAGUAAUAGUGAUCCAAGCCAGCCACCCUCACCGCCUGGGCCUUCACAAUGGAGAUUCAACUGGCCCAUCAGAGAGCCAGAUACCUUGGUCUUCCAGUGGUCCUGAUGGCUAGAGCUCUAGCCUUUCUAGGGGAGGGUGGGGAUAGGUAAGGUGUGCCCCUCAGCACCCUUCUAAGGGUGGGAAUUAGUCUUUUCUCUCACGUUUGGGACUUCGGAGCAGAACAGUCUGGUGUGGAGGCUCUCUGUGACCCUACACAGGGCGGACCCAAACCACAAAGUGUUCUGUCCUGUGGAGGGUCACUGAAGUAGGACUUUGUCCUCUCACUGACUCUGUCUCCUUCAAUAAACUCGCUAUUGGAACCUUG